CAAUUAGAGUGCAGAGGAACGGAGCAUGCAGCCACUCCACAUCCUCCGACUAUGAACUCUCACUCGACCUCAAAAACAAGCAGCAGAUCGAAAUGCUAGAGCACAAAUAUGGGGGCCACCUCAUCUCACGCCGUGCUGCCUGCAAAAUCCAGACGGCCUUCCGCCAGUACCAGCUCAGUAAAAACUUUGAGAAGAUCCGAAACUCCCUCCUUGAGAGUCGCUUGCCACGGCGUAUCUCCCUGCGAAAGGUACGUGUGCAAAAUACAGAGGGAAUCUCAGCUGAACGGGCCCUGGCUGAAGGCUGUAAUCUUGUGAGUAUUCCGCUCGUCCGGUCCCCAUCCCUGCCAACCACAGUAGGUGGAACCCUCACAGACCUGGAGGAUUCCUUUAACGAGCAAGUCCACUCUCUUGCCAAAUCCAUUGAUGAUGCACUCAGCAACUGGAACAUGAAGACCAUGUGUUCUCUCCAAGAAAGUGGCACCUACCAGUUUAGCUCAGAGUCCUUCAGUACAGCUGAUUGCAAUACUGGGGUGGCAGCGACAGUCCGUGAAGGUGGCUCCAUGGACCCUGCUGCACUCCAGAGUGGAACUGGCCAAGCAGACAAUUCUGAGAACACAGCCCGGAGUGCCAGCAAGCUAAUGAUGACCUUCCGGGACGUUACAGUUCAGAUUGACAGCCAGAACUUUCUCAUGUCGUCUUCCGUUAUGGAAUCUUCCACUUCAGUCUGUCUCGGUAAUUGUGUCCAGCGGGGGGCCAUCAUUACUGAAAGCCCACCACAACCUCCAGUUAACGAUGAAAAGGAACAACCUCCACAAAGACAACCAUCAUCACCUCCCCAGGAGCUAACUCCACCACCUCUAGAGCUGGAUGCUGAGGAAGUACCUGAUGGUGACUUCCCAGCCCCUCCACCAAGUGAGGAGGAGCUUGGGGAGGAGCCAGCACCUCUGGCUAAGCGAAUUGAAUCGGACACAGCGGACAACAGCUCAGAGCAGAUGAGCUGCAGCAGUACAUCCACAUCCGCCCGCUCAGCUUCGGAGGUCUCAUCCAAAGAGCCUUUGCAGGCCAUGAUACUGAGCUUGCCCCGCUACCACUGUGAGAACCCAACCAGUUGUAAAUCUCCAACCCUCUCCACUGACGUCAUGCGAAAACGACUGUAUCGCAUUGGUCUCAACCUCUUCAACAUAAAUCCAGACAAAGGCCUCCAGUUUCUCAUCUCGUGUGGUUUCAUUCCGGAUACGCCCAUCGGUGUAGCACACUUUCUGCUACAGAGGAAGGGGCUGAGCCGGCAGAUUAUUGGCGAGUUCCUUGGCAAUAGCAAGAAGCCCUUCAACAGAGAUGUGUUAGACUGUGUGGUGGAUGAGAUGGAUUUCUCGGGAAUGGAAUUGGAUGAGGCUCUGAGGAAGUUCCAGUCUCAUAUCCGUGUGCAGGGUGAAGCACAGAAAGUAGAAAGACUGAUAGAGGCAUUCAGUCAGCGUUACUGUAUGUGUAAUCCAGACAUCGUGCAGCAGUUCCACAAUCCAGACACCAUCUUCAUCCUCGCUUUCGCCAUCAUCCUCCUGAACACAGAUAUGUAUAGCCCCAACAUCAAACCCGACCGUAAGAUGUUGCUGGAAGACUUCAUCCGCAACUUGAGAGGGGUUGAUGAUGGUGCUGAUAUUCCACGGGACAUGGUGGUGGGAAUCUACGAGCGGAUUCAACUGAGAGAGCUACACUCAAAUGAAGACCACGUCACUUAUGUCACAAAGGUGGAGCAAAGCAUUGUAGGAAUGAAAUCAGUUCUGUCAGUGCCACACAGGAGACUGGUGUGCUGCAGUCGGCUGUUUGAAGUGACUGACAUCAACAAAGCCCAAAAGCAAGCAGCUCACCAGAGAGAGGUCUUCCUCUUCAACGACCUACUUGUGAUUUUGAAACUGUGUCCAAAGAAGAAGAGUUCAGCUGCCUACACCUUCUGCAAAGCUAUGGGUCUGCUAGGCAUGCAGUUUCACCUGUUUGAGAACGAAUACUAUCCUCACGCAAUCACCAUCUUAUCACCAGGUUCAGGCUCUGAUAAGAAGCAGGUGUUGAAUUUCUGUGCUCAGAAUGCAGAGGAGCUGCUGAAGUUUGUAGAAGACCUGAAGGAGUCCAUUGCUGAGGUGUCAGAGAUGGAGCAGAUACGUAUUGAAUGGGAGUUGGAGAAGCAGCAGGGAGCCAAAACUCACUUCAUUAAGAACAACGGGACACAACUUGAGUUGAGGGGCAGGCAAGGUUCUCCUUCAGGCAAACAGGAAAUGAACACACCACAGAGUGGACACAAUGCAGUAGAGGCUUCAGACGUACCAGCUCAAUGCGGCGCCGUCGAGCCCUGAGUGCGCUGCCAUACUCAACCACCAGAGGGAGCUCUUCCAACAGCCACUGUUGCAAUGUGCCAGCCCCACACCCUCGCACGCC